GUUGAACAAAGUGUAUGAAUGCAGUGACAAUACAUGGUUGAAAAGGCUCUACAGUCAUAAAGAAAAGUGGUGUCCUGCAUUUUCAAAGGAUUAUUUCUCUGGUGGCAUUCUAUCCUCCCAAAGAAGUGAAUCUACAAAUAGAUCCAUAUCUAGAAGACUCUCAAAAACUGCAACAUUGUGUGACUUUUACAAAAUGUUUGGUGAUGUUGUUGAGGAAUGGAGGUCAGAGGAAAAUGGUCAAGAUUUCAGAUGUUCAGAAGGCACUGUUGAGAUGGUACUGCUGCAAGAUAGUUUGUUAACUCAUGCUAGAGAUGUGUAUACCCUUGAGAUCUUCAAACUGUUCCAAGAACAAUAUUUGAAGGGUAUGUCACAUUUUUUUAAAUUAGUAACACAGAAUUGUCAUGAUUGCGUGUAUCAUGUUUGGUUGGACGGUGUAGAUUUGAUUAGACACAGCGUUACUUUUAAUGCAAAUGACAACACGGUGACAUGCACUUGUAAGAUGUUUUCAGAAGUUGGCAUUCUUUGUAGACACAUUUUGCGUAUAUAUAACAUUCAUUGUGUGAAAUGUAUUCCUCGAGAUUAUAUAAUGUCUAGGUGGACGAAGGGUGCUAUUUUGCCAAAUAUGAGUCUUUCUCAUAUUGAAGCACCUGAUACUCUGUUUGGGAAAAUAUUGGAAGAUUCUGUGUGGAGAGUGCAAAUGACUAGGAAAUUCAAUACAAUAUUGGCUUCAAGUGCUAGUAUUCCUGAAGCUAGGCAAGUAUGUGAACAAGGUUAUGAUUCUAUUAAAAACUUCUUAGAUAUUCAGAAACGCCGCACUGCUGGAGAUGAAUCUGCUUCUGAAUCGAGGACCAUAUUGGAUCCUCCACGUUCUGUUCCUAAAGGUCAAAGAAAUACACGAAAGAAAAGCAUUGUUGAAAAACAAUGCAAAAUAGUCAAAUCUCGCAGGUCCAAAUCCCAACAAGUUUCAUCUAAUUCAAAACUUGUUGCCCAAUCAGUUGUACAGGAGACUGUUAAUUGCAUGGUGCCACAUGGUUAUCUUGCUCAUCCAGUGCAUGGAAUGACUUCUUUGAUGCCUAUGUUUGGAUCUCCACAAGUUUUCACUCCAUACUUUUUGCAUCCAAAUGUUGGGAAUGAAAUGCAAAUUUAGUAAUAUUUAAUUAGUAUGAAUGUAAUCUGCUUGAACACUGGCUG